CCGCACUCCCCCACCUCCGCUAUCCCAAUGCCGCUCGGGAUCGGGCAAGCUCUCCCGAGAACAUGGCUGUUGAGGACAGUGUCAUCUUCAUCGAGAUAAAUUAAUUCCUGUCUUAGUUCAUGUAUAGCGAGUGUGUUUCUAUGUUAUCCCGGAGGUUCGGGCAUCAACUGUUCAAAGCAGAGCCAACCCUGCCUUAAACCACCGCGUCCCCCAUCAGGGGUCACACCUCACUCACCUAACUCAAGCUUGAUAACAUUCUACGCCGUUUUGCAACCCACCUGAAGUAUUGAUACUGCUUGACCGGACGGACGGGGUACUCACUGGAUCAGUCCUCCGCUUUAAAUUAUUCCUCUCUUCUCCCCCCAUUCCCGCACCUUCAGACAACCCCAUAGCAAACUACGAGGAACCACCACCGCCAAAGAUGUCAACCAAACACUUUUUCUCCGACCCUUCCCACCUGGUCACCUCGGCCUUGACCUCACUGACGCUAACCAACCCGUCCCUGGCCGUGGAUCUACCCAACAAGAUCAUCUACCGGCGCCCCUCGCCUUCUUCCCAACAUUCCCACCGCCAGAUCACGUCAAUCAUCUCGGGCGGCGGCUCCGGGCACGAGCCGUCCUUUUCCGGCCUGGUGGGCGAGGGCCUGCUGUCAGCCGCCGUGGCGGGGACCAUCUUUGCCAGCCCGUCGGCGGAGCAGGUGCGGACGGCCAUCAUGGGGCGGGUGGACGACAAUGACAACAACAACAACAGGGAUAACAAGGAUGGCGGCGGCGGUGUGCUGGUGACGGUCAUGAACUACACGGGCGACGUGCUCAACUUUGGCAUGGGCGUCGAAAAGGCCCGCGCGGCAGGGGUGCGCGUCGAGAUGGUGGUUGUGGGCGACGACGUCGGCGUUGGGCGGCGCAAGGCGGGCAAGGUCGGCCGCCGCGGCAUCGCGGGCACCGUCCUGGUGCACAAGAUCAGCGGCGCCCUCGCCGCCAUGGGCUACGGCCUGUCUGACGUGGCUCGCGUUGCGCGGCUGGUCGCGCAGAACCUGGUCAGUGUCGGCGCGAGCUUGGAACAUGUCCAUGUUCCUGGCCGCGGGAAGCAGGAGGAGGGGUUAUUAGGGGAUGGGGAGGUGGAAAUUGGCAUGGGGAUUCAUAACGAGGCCGGGUCGAGCAGGGAGGUGGUUGGGCUGCCGGAGCUGGUGGGCAAGAUGCUGAAGCAGAUGCUGGACCAGGAGGAUGAGGACAGGGCGUUUCUCAGGGUCAAUUCGAACGAGGUGGUACUGCUGGUGAAUAACCUGGGCGGGGUGAGUGUCUUGGAGAUGGGCGGGAUCCUGACGGAGGUUGUGACGCAGCUGGAAAAGACGUGGAAUAUCCGGCCGGUGCGGAUUCUGAGCGGGACGUACAUGACGAGUCUCAACGGGCUGGGGUUCAGCAUCACGCUGCUGAAUGUGGUCAAUACAGAUCUGGGCGGGCCCAGCAUGGUCGAGCUGCUGGACUACCCAUGCGAGGCUGUCGGUUGGUCGGCACCGAUUACCAAGCGGACAUGGGAGGAGAAGAACACGGCAACAAGGGAGCAAGACGCGUCUAAUGGUGGUGAGGUUCUGCCGAGCGGUUUGAAGAUGGAUGCAAGCGCCGCACAAGAAGCGCUCACCCGGGGCCUGCAGAGCGUCGUGGCCGCGGAGCCGGACAUAACACGCUACGACACGGUCGUGGGAGAUGGGGACUGCGGCAUUGGGCUGAAAAGAGGUGCAGAGGCCAUCUUGAAGCACCUGCAGUCUCACCCGCUAUCGGGAGACGCGGUGGUGGACCUGGCCCGCAUCGUGCCCAUUGUCGAAAGGGAGAUGGACGGUACUUCAGGGGCGCUGUAUGCCAUCUUCCUCAACGCGCUCCUCGCCGCGCUGAGGUCGCAGGGGCAGGGGGAAGCAUCGGCAAAGGUGUGGGCCUCGGCGCUCAAGCAGAGCUGCGAUACGCUGUCCCGGUAUACGCCGGCCCGGCCCGGAGACCGCACGCUUGUGGAUGCGCUGUAUCCGUUUGUUGAUGUUCUCGGGCAGACGGGCGACGUCGGGCAAGCGGCCGAGGCAGCACAGAAUGCGGCAGAGGGAACUAAAGGCAUGAAGGCCAGCUUAGGACGGACCGUGUACAUUGGCGGAUCUGGAUUCGAGCAGGUGCCCGACCCGGGCGCAUGCGGUCUCGCCGCCUUCUUCCUUGGUCUGGCCGGUAUCAAAAAGGUUGACGAGGGCUGGGAGAAGCUGUAAGCUGCACUUGCAGACACAUAACUAUGUAUGCAGUUUUUCAUGUUUGAAAAGGGUUGUGUGGAAUUGGAGAUACCAGUCAUUAUUUAAUCGUAGUUAUUUGACCACUCCUCGGGCGGUCAGCCGGUCGAAUGGGACUCAUUCACAG